AUGGUAAUCGACCUGGAUGAGACUUUGAUCCAUUCUGUCCUUGAUGGAAUGUCGCGCCAGACAACGGGUUCAGCCUCUCCUCCUGAUUUUGUGCUCAAGAUGGACGUUGACCAUCACCCUGUUCGCUUUUCAGUGCAUAAGCGGCCGCACGUUGACUACUUUCUAAAUAUUGUAAGUCGUUUAUCCUCAUGUCCGGUGUGCUGGAUACGCCUGACUACUCAUAGCUUCACAAAAAUCGCACGUCUGUUAAUGUACCGAAACUACAGACUACCGUCACAUACUUUAGUAAACCUGUUGCUCAAUUGUCUGUCGUAG